AAAAGGGUUAGCAAGUCAGUUGGCUGCAGGCUGUCGGCGGAGGAGGUUGGCGUGUUCCUUUCUCUCCUCCGUCGCUCGUUUCUUUCCCGCUGUGCUCCUUCUCCCAGCGAUGUCCGGGGCGGUUCUGCUGGCGGCGGCCGCCGGGGUCGCCGUCGUCCUGGCCUUCCUGCUGCUGCUCUACAUAGUGCUGCCGUUUAGCAGCCCGAAGACCUUGCCGCUGUCCGGCGCCCAUGUCGUGGUAACCGGUGGUUCCAGUGGCAUUGGGAAAAGCGUUGCCAUCGAAUGCUUUAAGCAAGGGGCUUUUAUAACACUUAUUGCAAGAAAUGAGUGCCGGCUAUUGGAAGCAAAGAAAGAAAUUGAGAAGUUCUCAGUUAAUGAUAAGCAGGUUGUGCAUUCUAUCCCUCUUGAUGUUUCCAAAGAUGCUGCAAAUGUGGAAAGGGCCCUAAAACAGGCUCAAGAGAAGUUGGGUCCAGUUGACAUGCUUGUAAAUUGUGCUGGAACAUCAAUUAAUGGAAAGUUUGAAGAUAUUGACAUCAGUAAAUUUGAACAAUUGAUGGCUAUCAACUAUCUGGGUAGUGUCUACCCAACUCGGGCAGUAGUUACCACUAUGAAGGAACGGAGGAGGGGAAGGAUUGUGUUUGUGUCAUCCCAGGCUGGACAAGUUGGAUUGUUUGGUUAUUCUGCUUAUUCUUCAACAAAGUUUGCUCUUCGAGGACUAGCUGAAGCUUUGCAAAUGGAGGUAAAGCCCUAUAAUAUCUACAUAACAGUUGCCUAUCCUCCAGAUACAGACACACCUGGCUAUGCAGAGGAAAGUCAGACAAAGAUUUUAGAGACCAAGCUUAUUUCAGAAACAUCACCGGUCUGCAAAUCUGAUCAUGUGGCCAGAAUACUUGUUAAAGAUGCCAUUCAAGGAAAAUUUGCCAGUUCUGUUGGCACAGAUGGUUACAUGUUAACAAUAUUGACUGGUGGAAUGUCGCCUAUCUCUUCUCUUGCUGAAGCCCUACAGGCGCUUAUUUUCCUGGGCCUUUUCCGCUUGCUUGGCCUGUAUUAUAUAGCAGGUUUUGACAGCAUAGUUCGUCGUUGCAUGGCAAAAAAAGAGAAAUCUGAAAAGACGGACUGAAACAGAAUGGGUGCUAUUUAAAAAGUUGGACAGUUUGCUGCUAAAUGGGACUGUAUCUAUGGCCUGAGUAUGUCUCACAGAAAUGUGGAAGAGGUGAUAUCUUCGGUGGUGAAAGAAGGAAACUGAACUACUCUAGAAAAAGAGACUGUGCAAAGGUGCUAAUGAAGAAAACUGGGUUUUAUUGGUUGUUGUUGCUUUUCUGUGAUUUGAAGGAAUAACCAGAUUGUUGCCUUAGAAGUAAGCUUUUUGAGAAGAGUAGAACUUAAGAGUGUCCUAUUUUGAUGGUAAUUCUGGACCAAUAUUAAUUGUUAGCAGUGAUGAAAGAGUUAAUUCUGUUAUCUACUUCUUAAUCUGAGGACUGGUUUGAACACACAUUCUCUGAUUUGGUAAAUUCCUCCCACACAGCAGUAACACCUCAGCUCUCCUACAGAAGGCCCAGCUUGUGUAUUAUCUUUAUUACAUAGUUUCUGCCAGAGAGCUGGACCUUGUAGGCCCUGUUCUGCAUGAGUUGGUUCAAAUGGCUGUGCAAAGUCUAGUCAAAACAGCAAAAACUAUCCAAAGAUGAAAUAUUUCAGCUCUGGGAUAAUACAUGAAUUGGGCCAAAGUCUUUUGUGAAGAAGCAGUUUUUAAAUAUAGCAUAUUAAUUUGUUGAGGGGAGAGUUCUCUUUAAAUGAGCUGCCCCCUCCUUGAGAUAGGAGGUGAUAUUUGCAUGUGGAGAUUACCAAAUUGGAGAAUCAAUAUUUGAACUGGCUCUUGAUAAACCUCAUUUCUCCCACCAGAUUGUUGGGUCCAGUUUAAAACUGAUCAUUUUGACAUUCCACUCGACACAUGAGUAUGUGGUGAGUUUUGUUAAUGUGUUAAAUGCUAUAUUAAGACAUUUCUUGAUGGCAGAGCUUUACGCAUAUGAUCUCUGCAGGAGCGAUGACAUAUGCUUUAAAUAGUUGUAGAUCUUCAGCGGAGAUCAAGGACCCCCAAUCCUUACUGAGAUACUAGGAGAGGACUAUAAGCAAAAGAGAAGUUGUCCAUUUUUUCAUUAUCUGUAACACGUUCAUGUUUAUCUUUGCCAGCUCUGUAAAAGACAGAUGGGUUUAACACUGUAGAAACUGAAGGAGAGAAUAGGGUGCUAGAGAGAACUAAAUGUAGCACAAGGAAGUGCCUAGGUCCUUACUAUGAUGGUGCAGUGGAGCUUGCAAAGCUAUCUAUUGUCUCUAAGGUUUCAUUCACACCAUGCCAAUCUUAUUACCUACAUGCAAUCUGGACUUACACAAAGUCCCUGAGUGGUUUUUGGGAAUAUAUUUGCUGUGUAUAAAUUGAGAGGUUCCCAUUGGUUGCAGAUACGCUGAACCCCAGUGUUGAACUGGUUCAUAAAAAUUCCUGCUACCCGUUGUCAUUUUCCAAGUACCUAAAAGACUGUUAAGGGACUCUACUUGCCAGUUUGUUGGUUAGCCGAGAUUUUCUUUAAAAAAAUAAAAUAAAAAGGGAAACACUUUUUAAACUACCCUUUGGAGAACAUUAUUCAAAUCAAGUCCA